AUAACCGUCCACCGCCAGUAAAUCGAACCUUCCACUUCCAGCCUGCAGUAAAACCAACUGAGCUCGAAUCUGUGACGCAACGAUGAGCAGAUCCGCCGCCGCCGACGAAAUAAUCCUCAGCUACGACGACGCCGUCCUCCGCCAAUCCGAUUUGCGCAUCCUCAGCGGCCCCCGCUUCUUGAACGACAGAAUCAUCGAAUUCUACUUCAGCUACCUCUCCUCCUCCUCCUCCUCCUUUCCCUCCGAAGAUGUACUGCUGGUUCCGCCGUCGAUCGCUUUCUGGAUAUCCAACUGCCCCGACGCCGACUCACUCCGCGAAUUCGCGCAGCCGCUGAAGCUUCCAGAGCGGAAGAUUGUUCUGUUCCCGGUGAACGACAACGACGACGUGGAGGUCGCCGAGGGUGGGUCCCACUGGAGCUUGCUGGCGUACCACAGCGGAAGAAACGUCUUCGUCCACCACGACAGCUUGGGAGGGAUGAACAAGCGCCCCGCCCGGCGGCUGUACUGGGUGCUGGCCAAGCUGAUGGGGAAGGAUGCCGACGCCGCGGCGGUGGAGUACAAGGAGCACGCUGAUUCUCCCCUGCAGCAGAAUGGAUACGACUGUGGAUUGUUCGUGAUUGCCACAGCCAGGGCGAUCUGCAGUUGGUACGAUGAAUACCUCAAGCGCACGGGACUGAACGGAGACGCCGCAGCCGUGGACGAGGAGCUUUGGUUUUCCGCGGUGAAGGAACAGGUGACGAAGGAGUCGGCUGGGAAAUUGAGAGGAGAGAUUCGCGACCUGAUAACGAGCUUGAUGGAGAAGAGAAAGAGCUGAGGGGAAUGCUAGUUCGUCUACAGCUUCACCUUUACAGUUUAGGUUCUGCAUUAGGUCCACCGUUUCUUCUUCUCUUUUAGCUGUGUUCUAUAAGCAAGAAACGUUUCUGUUCCUUUUUAUUAUGUACGGUGUUCUUUACCACAACCAAAUAGGAGAAAAGAUUGCUUAGAGAAGCUUACAUUUCCAACCAAAUCCAAACAGAGAAGCUAUAUGAAAAUUUUAAAGUAAGUUGUAGAAAAUU